GAUGGCGGUCCCUACAAAACAGUAUGGGCUGAUCUUGCCACAGAAGAAAGGAUUGUCAAAGAUAGCAACCCUGUCGAAACCCUCAGUGUUUGGGGAUGACUCUGAUGAGGAGACUUCAGUUGGGGAGAGUCUGCAGAGAGAAGCUAUCAAGAAGAAGAUGAUGAAGCAGACACGUUUGGAGAUGCACAAGGCCCUGGAACAGGACAGCACUGUGUACGACUAUGAUGGCGUGUACGAUGACAUUCAAAAACAAAGAGAAGAGAGCAACAAGAAAGUUCUUGGAGGGGCAGAUAAAAGGCCAAAGUAUAUCCAUCAGUUAAUGAAAGCAGUCGAGGAUCGAAAGAAAGAACAAGAACGGCGAGAAGAGCGGAAGAUCCAGAAGGAAAGGGAGGCAGAGGGGGAGAAGUUUGCUGAUAAAGAGGCUUACGUUACCUCCGCCUACCGACAAAAACUGCUGGAGCAGAAGGAAGAGCAGGAGAGGGAGAAGAGAGAGGCAGAGAUGGAAGCUGCUUUGGAUGUGAAGAAACAAAAAGAUCUGAGUGGCUUCUACCGACACCUGCUGAAUCAGACUGUGGGAGAGGAGGCAAUCCCAGAUCGCUCAGCUAACAGAACUCAAACCUCAAAGGUUUCAAAAGACACAGAGACAACCUCACCCAUUCCCUCACCUACAUCCCAUGACAAUAUCCCAAGUUCCUGUAGUGACAGCGAGGAGGCGCAUGAGCAGAAGUCUGGCUUUAGCAAGCCUGGGGCUGGUUCUACACACUCAAAACGUCAGUACAGACAGAGGUCGCCUUCAUCAGGGAGUGGGGAAGAAAGGGAGAAGGAGAGAGAGAGGGAGAGGGACAGACAAAAGAAGGGCCACAGAGAACAAGACAGAGACAGAGUUAGAGGGAGGGACAGGGAUAGAGACAGAAACAGGGGAAGGGAAAGGGACGAUAGGCAUGGAGGAAGAAGAGACGACAGAGAUAGAAGGAAAGACAGGGAGAGGGACAGAGACAGAGGCAGAGAAGAUGAUAGAAGCAGAGGUAGGGGGAAUACAGAGAGGGAAGACAGGCACGGGAAGAGGGAGAGGAGUCCUAAAGACAGAGAGCGGGAUAAGAAUGGGGAAAGAGAAAGGAGGAGGAAUCCAGAAGAAGACAAGCGGAAAGAUAAAGAUCGAGAUGAAGAAGAGGAGAGAAGGAUAGACCCAGAGAAGGAGAAGAUGCUGAAGAGGGACGAGAAAGAUCCUGAAAAGAAGGAAGCUGCUGGAGAACAGAAAAAGGAAAGGGAAGGCGAGGAGAAAGAAGAAACUGAGGAGAUGGUGAAUAAGUUUGCUAAGCGCUGCACUGAUCAGACUGUGAGUUCGGCAAGGGAAAGGUACCUGGCCAGACAGAUGGCACGCUCAGCCUCUAAGACCUAUAUUGAGAAGGAAGAAGACUGAGAGCGGUCCAGUUCAUUAUGCAAACAUUGCAAGCAUUGCUGAAUUCAUUAGAAAAACACUCAUAUCUGCAAGGCUGAUAUUCUAUAUGUGACUUACUGUCAACAAAUCCCAUGUACAAAAGCAACAAUGAGUUGAUCUCUCAAUAUUUUUGACUUCUCUACGUGUGUGUGUGUGUGUGUUUGAUUUUAUUCAAGUGUAUGUUUGCAUGGAAUACUGUAAGUUUCAGUAUUUUCCUAAAACAGCGAGGUACUCUAAUUUCUAACAGGACUAUUGGGGACUAUUUUGAGCUGCAGAUGAAAACACUUUAUAAUUUAAUUUAUAAUUUAUAGCAGCGGGUCAGUGUAUGUGAGCCUGACUUAAAACAAACUACAGUGCCUAUGUUCAGCAUAAGGAUGGUGAUGCUCAAUUAGAGAUGCACAAUGAAUUAUUAGUUGAUUAUAAAUUGUUCGUGGUGGUAAAUAUUUUGUUAUGGUUGCAGUUUAUUUUCAAGCAGUGAUGCUAGAUGUAAGAAUUGGCUGUUUUUCACUGUCUUAACAUUACAGAACUAUAUUAAAUAUGUUUGGAUUUGAGACAAAAGAGCCAAUCUGAUGACAUCACCUUGGGCUCUAUAAAAUUGUGAUGGGAUUUUUUUCUCCAAAUUUUGAUAUUUCAUACACCAAAUGAUUAUUUGAUUACAAGACAAUUGGCAGAUGAAUCAUUAAUUUAAGCCAUUGGUAGCUGUAGGUCUAGUCUUGAUGUAUUUUUAAUUGUGGUGGUCUACAGCAUUGAGGAAUCAUUCAUAUCAAGCUCUGACUGCAUGAAAAACCUGUUUGUAGAAGACAUUUAUUUUACAUGAAAUUUGUUGACAGUAAGAAAUGUAUAGAGUAUAACGAGCCAGCCUUUAUGCUGCAACCACUGACAUCAUCGUGCACUGCAGUGGACAGAUUCAACAGCAGAGUGUGUCCAUGAUCUUUAGUGAUGAGAGGGAGACGUGGACAGUAAAUGAUGUAUUGAUGUAUUAUUGUGAAAUAGGAAUGCUGAUUUAUAAAUGUGUUUUGAGCCUUCAUCACAUACAGUACAUGAAUGAGUGUGUACAGGAAAUCUUAUCUUAUUGAUUAAUUGGGAAGAUGUAUGAAUGCGGAGUGACGUGUGAGGCAGUGAUGCAUUUGAUCAGCUUUGUUGAGGUUUUGUAUUUUUCUGGUGUAGUUUGUGUCCAGUUAAUAAAACAAUUUCCAGACCACA